CUUGUAAUCACAAAUGAUCGUCCUUAAACGUUUGGAGUUCCGUGUUUGAGUUUACCUGCAGGCGCUGCACGAGGCUUCCAGACACCGAGUUUCUUCACUGUAACAUACAGAAAAUCAGAAAUGGGCGUUUCUUCGACACAAGCGAGUCUUCAUCCUUACUGGCCGCGGGACCUUCUGAUUCCUAACUAUGUGGCUAAUGACCGCUCCAUGUCCGAGAUUCUGGCGUUCCUUUUCUCGGUGUCCGGGGUGUUCCUGCUCGCCACCUGGCUGAUCACCGGGGCCACGGGCAGGCUCGGGGCGUGGAGGCGGCUGGCUAUCUGCUGGUUUGCAGUGUGCGGUUUCAUCCAUGGAGUCAUUGAGGGCUGGUUCUGUCUUUAUUAUGACAUUCUACCUGCAGACCAGAGUUUCCUGUCACAGCUCUGGAAAGAGUAUUCAAAAGGAGACAGCAGAUAUGUAAUAGCUGAUAACUUUACUGUCUGUAUGGAGACUGUGACUGCUUGUUUAUGGGGUCCGUUCAGCUUCUGGGCCGUAUACUCUUUUCUAACACAUAAACCCUACAGAUUUAUUCUGCAGCUCAUCAUUUCAUUAGGUCAGCUGUAUGGUGCCGUGCUUUACUUCUUCACAGAACACAGAGACGGCUAUGCCCACAGCGAGUUGGGACAUCCCGUCUACUUCUGGUUCUACUUUGUGUUCAUGAAUGUUCUGUGGAUUGUCAUACCGCUAAUGCUAAUCGUGGAUGCAUGGAGACAGCUAUCAGCUGCCCAGAUACACACAGAUGGCAUCAAGAGCCACAAGAGUAAAAAGAAGUGAUCUGUCAUUCUGAGGAGACCAUGGGACUGAGGGACACUGUCUUCCUUCUUAAUCUUUAUUUCAACAAUCAGACAUUCCUGAUGCUGAUUAAAGCUCAAAGGCUACAAUCAUUGACUGUCAAAUUAUUAUAAACAAUUCUUGUUUUGUACUUUUUUAAGAAAUCUGCUUCUGACAAUAAAAGAUAUAUCAUA